GCGCCUGACGUCAUCAGUCAUCUGUGUUGGGUGAUUACGUGUAGCUGAUCAACUAGCAGCAGCAAGCUAGCUUGUCAAACGAGACGGGAUUUGUUAAGAGCGAGUUCAUAUCCGCCGCCACAACGAUAGCUCUUCAUUGAGUGUACACAGAAACGUGCAGACAUUGAGCAUUUUGAAAAACGCCACGGACUGAUACUUUGCCGAAGUUAAUAUGCAGUAGCAGGAUGGAGUUACCAGUACAAACUUGUUUUGAGUGGUACUGCAUAAGGACGCAGCUCUGUUUCAAACCUCAGAACAAGAAGCCAUAAACUGUAUGCAUCGUUGGAAGUCACUUAAGUCUACAGAAACUGCAAAUUGCACUCAGAAAGACACACUGAAAGGAGAGACAUGUUUGCCAAGUUGAAGAAGAAGAUCGCAGAGGAGGCGGCCACUGCACCUCGGACUGGUGUUCGUAUACCGCGCACCAUCAGCAAGGAAUCCAUCACGUCGAUGGGGGCAGACUCGGGGGAUGACUUUGCAUCUGAUGGCAGCAGCUCCAGGGACGACCUGCCCGCCCAGCUUCUCAGAAGGAAUGAUCAGAUCCGGAAGCUGGAAGCCAAGCUCUCAGACUACGCUGAGCAGCUGCGAAUUAUGCAGAAGACCAAGGAGAAGCUUGAAUUUGCAUUAGAAAAGCAUCAGGAUUCAUCCAUAAAGAAACUUCAAGACCAGAACGAGUCUCACCAGGCCAGCAGAGCCAAAAUGGCAGAGGGCAUGGCUUUAGCACUGGAAAAGAAGGAUCAGGAAUGGAUGGAGAAGAUGACUGAUGUGGAAAAGGAGAAGGCUUCUCUGUCAGCCCGGGUAGAGGAGAUGAUGGAGCAAAGCUUAGCACUCUUCCAGAAAAGGGAUGACCUGGAUGAACUGGAGGGCUUUCAGCAGCAGGAGCUGGCUAAAGUUAAACAUAUGUUGCUGAAGAAGGAGGAGCAGCUAAGCCAGCGUGAUCAGGAGCUCCGGCAAAAGGAGGCUGAAGUUCAGUCGGCAAAGCAAGGGCUGUUGGAGGCUCGAGGGAAAAUCCAGACUCUGGAACAGCAGCACGAGGAGAGCUGCAGUCUCAACUCUGAGCUAGAGAUAGAGCGAGAGGAACUGCUGCUGCUCAGAGAGGAGGCAGACCAGAAGAUCAGGGAGCUGGAGAGACGAUGCCAGGAGCUUCAGUCAGUAAUCCAGCAGGUCUCUGAGGACUUCCAGAGGUCACAGAGUAUGGUUUCAACUUUAGAGAAGUCCCUCCAGGAAUUACAGACGGAGCAUGACGCCCUGAAGUUGCAGCAACAAAAGGCUGCUGUAACAGAGGUGGACAAGGAGCGCUUGUUAGCGGACCUUCAGAAGAAAGUGACGUCUCUGGAGAGACGGCUCCAGGGGAAUCUAAGCCAGGACGAGCAUCUACAGGAGCUUCUCCAGGAGAAGUCCAGCGUGGAGCAAAGUCUGGAAGAGACCAGAGCAGAACUGCUGGAGGUUCGGACAAACCAUGCCGAUACUGUCAGCUCUCUGGAGACUCAGGUAUCCAGGAUGAGCUGCAGCAUUACUGAGCUGCAGACCCUUCUCCGACACAAAGACGACUCCUCCAGAGCCUACAAAGAGAGAACAGACACACAAAUAGCUAACUUGGAGCAGAAUGUUCUGGAGACUAGUGGGAGACUGAAGAGUGCAGAGAACCAGAUCACAGAGAAACAGCAGCAUGUGGAUAAACUGCAAGCAGAGUGGAGUGCAGACAAGGCCUUUCUGGAUCAGCAGGUGUGUUUGAUACAGCAGCAGAGUCAGGAGAAGGCCGGCCGCCUGGAGGAAAGCAUCACAUCUUUACAGACAGAAAGACAGAGGCUGCAUGAAAGAAUGGCUGAUCUGGAUAAGCAGAGGGACGAGGUAACCUCCACUCUAAGCCAGCGGACAGAGGAGCUGGAACAGAUCAGGGUGGAGCUGAACAGUCGGCAGAUAGUGAGCACGGAAAUUGCCAAAGCUCUUGAAGAAACCAGACGACAGAAGGAAGAGCUGCAAACACAGGUCGGAGAGCUGACCACAUCUCAACAGACCUCACAGCAGGAACUGGCUACGGUCACUAAGACACUAGCACUGAGAGAGGAAGACGUCAAAACACUCCAGAAUGAGGUGCAGUGUCGGCAGGCAUCACUGGUACAGCUGCAGGAGGAGGUGGAGCAGCAGCAAGCCCAGUUUGAGCAGAUGGAGCUGGACAAAGACUCCCAGCUGAUCAGCCUGAGGGGGGAGCUGCUCAACCAGACGCAGCAGUUAGAUAGCUGCCAGGCGCGGAUCUCAUACCUGGAGGUUGAGGUGGAAACCUUGACAGAACAGCUCCACAGCCCUGAAGUGUGUGAGGAGGAUCAGAACGGCAGUGUGACGGUGGAUGAUCUGGAUCACAUUCAGAAGGUCAACAGAGAGCUCGAGCAGCAGCUCUCCGACAAGAACAGGACCAUCAAGCAGCUGCAGCAGAGACUGGCAGAACUGAAGAGGACGCUGCAGAAGGAACUGAAGCUAAAGCCUGAGCCAGAAGCUGAAGGGAAGGAGAAGUUUACGGAAAGCCGAGCAGAAAAACAAGAGAGGGUCUAUACAGACCCACUGCCAGCAUCCACCCUGAGCCCCCCGACCUCCAACACCACGGUGACCAACACCUCAGACCUCAACGACUCUCGAGAAAUCAACUUUGAGUAUCUGAAACACGUCGUACUCAAAUUUAUGUCAUCCAGAGAGGCUGAGGCAUUUCAGCUAAUACGAGCUAUAUCUGUGCUGCUAAACUUCACUCGGGAGGAAGAGGACAUGUUGAAACAAACUCUGGAGUACAAGAUGUCCUGGUUUGGAUCCAAGCCUUCUCCCAAGGGUACCAUCCGCCCUUCAGUCUCAGGCAGUUCCCCUCAGUGGAGCUGAUGAGCAUCAGGAGGAGCUGAGGUGAUGGAGAUAAGGGAACCUAAGGGCCCCCCCAGGAGGAGAAGGUCCCUCUGCUGUGAGCAGGACUCUAGCUUUACACACAGAACAGCCUGCUCUGUGUAGGAACUACUGUAGUGUUCUGCUCUGUGUGGGAACUACUGUAGUGUUCUGCUCUGUGUGGACAGAGAAGAUUUGCACAGUAUGCUCAUAAUCAGAUAAUGACUUUUAAAUGACAUUAUUUCCUUGUCACUGGUUAAGGCAGACUUUUGGCUCUAUGUUAUAGAGGGUAAACUGACACACAUUUAUUCACACUGGAGUUUUCUUCCCUGACAUAUGACACAAAUAUAAUGUUUUCAAUUCUGUGAAAACAGCAAAAUGGGAGUUAGCAUGUCAGAAAAUGAGACGCAGCAUCAGAAAGACUCUACCCAGAUUCAGAAUAGUCACCUCUGUUUCUGUCGGAACAAAGAACAAUAUGACUCGAUGUGACUGUCCCCACUGGACAAAUGUUGCAGCAUUGCUUUCUGAAGGACCUUUUAGCCUGUCACCUGGUUAAUCUUUAUAUUUAAAUCACAGAGGGCUUCUUAAUGAAAAUGACUGGUACAGGUUAGCACAGCUGGUUUGGUUUCAGUGAGGCCUGAUAGAAUCUGCCAAAUGGACAUAAAAUGUUCACAUUUAUGUCAAAGGAUCUAAAUAUGUCUACAUUGCGAGUUUGAAGCCCGUGGAAAUCUUCGUGAUAACAUUGAAAGGAAUAUGUGUGUCGACUUUGUUCUGAUGGCCAAGGAAUGCAGUUUAAGACUACUUUACAAAGCUUCUAGCACAAUCGAAGGAAUACAUUCCCGGCUAGAAUUUAUGUCAAACGGCAACCCCAAAUUCAAAAGUUUUCUUGAGACCUUAGCGCUCUGACAUUUCACCAUUUGUGAUUGAUGAUUAAUGAUAAGUCAUGAUUAAUUGUGUAGAAAAGUUGGGAGUGAACGUUUAAAUGAAACUUGGGUUUAUUUCUCUUCAAAAUUACAUUUUCAACAUAUUUCUUCAUACUCAUUCUGUGGUAACACCAGGAUCUCGCUCUCAUUGGGAUCCGAUCAGCCAGACCACAUGCCGAGGUGGUCUGGCUCACACUGAGUUCAGAUCUCAAUGAGGUGUGGACGGCAAGUGGACCCAAUCCAGAUCACAAUCCAGUUCAUCAAACGUAGAUUUCCAUCAUCUUCCCCCCACAGAGGAGUUCCUCUACUGAGGAGAGCAAAGGGAGGAGAGGAGGAAAAGAGCCCUGCUGUCUGAGACCUGAUACUGCUGAUUAAACACAACCCUCCAGGAUUUAGCUGCUUCAAAAUAAAUGCUUUUAAUUAACAAAAUAACUGGGGACUUUUAGUGGGAAGAAUUUAUAGAUGAUUAAAAUAGUAUAUCGCUGAAUUAGCAGAGCAGAGCUUUGUUAGCGGCUGACUUUCAAUAAAAAAACAAGUCUACUAAUAUUGCAGGGAGGAAGGGUAAGCAGCAAAAAUAAUGUAAUGUAAUUAUAGGAAAUGUAUUUCUCAACGUUUUACAGCCGCUCCUUUGACCACUACAGAUAUCCGGUCAGGAUGCUUGCAUUGAAGUGUGAAGUUUGGAUACACUCGGGCGACAAAACUGAGUUGCGAUCUGGUGCAUCCUAACACACGAGUCGCAUUGAAAAGACUGAAAUCCCCAGCACUAGAUGGUCCGAGCUACGGUCUGGUACUGAUUUUUUAGGUUCAUAAGAGUAUCGCAGUUAAAAAAAUCUGAUGACAAUAUGUCGAAAAUGAUAUACAACAUAUUUACAUUUAUAAACGUGAAAUUUGAAAAAAAUCCCUUAAAUUUGGUUAUUAAAGAGUUAGAACCAAGGAACUUGUCAAAAUGUGAUACACUUGCCAGUGCUCUUUGGUAGACAAAGUACAGUAUGUAUUGGUGACCUACCACUCAGCAUGCAUGCUGACAUCAGCCGUCUGUAGUUCACCAGCUCAUUUAAAUGGGUUGCAAAACCUAAGUGCUUGGCCAUUGGACUCUACUGCUGGGAGUCGAGGCCCCCGGCAGAUGAUCCUCUCCAGUCCUCCAUCUGUCCUCUGGAUUGGCAGACCGUAAUCUAAUCAUGGCCCCAUCCUAAACUACCUGUGGGAUAGCAUAUACGGAGCAUGGAAGUGCUGCUCUGAAAGCGGAACAGAAAUGGCUGCGUAGCCUGCUAUCUGUACUCACAGACUGACCUUUAACACCAAUAUGAAUGAUUAGACUAUGCUUGUCCAUUUGGAUAAUAUAACAAUGUGAUAUAAUAAGUGAAUGCUAUGUAAAUGAUGACUGGAGGACAUGCCCUACCUUUACCUGCCUUUGCUAAUGUAAAUGAAAGUACAUUCCACAUGUCUAUUUAUAUAGAGAAAUAUGUACAUACUGUAUGCAUUGAGAACUUUAUAAAUCAUCGGAUGUAAUUUGUUUGAUGUGACCAGUUUGCAGUAUUUAUCAUCAUCAGACUAGAACCCAUUUGUGUUUCCUCCUUGGCCUAUCACCCAUUACUUUCAUCCUUCACUUCAUGAGGCUUGUUUGGACAUCAGUGGGAAGCCCAGGGAAUCUGCAUGUUGGCUGUUAAACUGCACUGUUGAAUCGCUACAGUAGCCUGGUCAGUCUUUUACAAUUUUCUUGAUUCUGAAUUUGUAUUCUUUCCAGUUAUAUACACACAGCAGCAGUGUUGCACAGGAUCUUAUCAGUCACAGAAACAGAAACUUUAUUUUAGGUCAGAUUGUUGAUUUUCUGCUGUUUCAAGUUGUUUCUGCUGAAAACAUCUGUAUAUAAGGAUGCAGGGGUACAUCUUCAGAUGCAGACCUGUCAUCAUCUUGUGUUUCCGAUGACAAGUAGCAGACUGAUGUAGACACCCAGAAUCUGCUGGGUAAGAUAUUAUCUCCAUGAGAAGCGAAAGAAACCAUGAAUGCACUUUUUAACCCCGAUUCUGCUGUGUUACACCCUGAAACACAACUGUAAUCACUACAGCUUUGCUGUCAUUUUCUUUUCAUGAUUUAACUAUAUCUGCCACUGCAAAGGUUUCCUUUUACAACAUUAAUUAAUAAUAAACCUGAAUA